GGGAUUGGCACAGACCUCCAGGGAUUGUCCCAGACUGCACCAGCUGAGCCAUGGCUGUAGCACAAAUCAGCAAGGACAAGCUGUCCCGGGAAGCUCAGAAGUUAUGGCAGCAGGUCUUGGAGGAGUACGGCCACAUUGAGGUUUGCAGGGACUUCAAAGACGUGGACGAGUCGCGAAAGCCCCUCAUGCUGCUGGCUCUAGCAGAGUCUGUUGUUGGCAAAGUUAGACCAAUCCAAGAGAAGGGAAGCAGAGGGCGGAAAUCUGACAGUUUGCUUCGCUCAGCUCUGCGGGCUUUUGGCGUGAAGGAAUCAGCGCAGCCGAAUGACGACAUUUUGGCAUCUUUCAGCACGGGAUUCUUGCCCACGUGGGGUGUGGAGAUGCCAUGCAGUUUGUUGCUCAGCGGGCUUUCUGUCAGUGAAGUCUGUGACAAAGUGAAUCGAAGCGAGAUUGUGAUGCCGACCUGCAACAGUUCUGUGACGAAAGUAAGCGUGGAUUGUUCAUGGCAGCGACUGAAGAGCGUGGCCAUUUCUGAGCUGAAGCUGUUCUGCCCCACAAAGGGCAGCUGUUUGGAGUGCGAAGUAGUGGGGGAUCCGCGCUUUGUGGUCGGGAUUACUACAGUAAUUCAGGAUGUUCGUGGCAAUGCUGUCUUGUGCGGUAUAUACAAUCUACCCGGCGUCUGCGACCAGCGUUCAGCCUCUAGCAAGCUGCAGCGCGGCUCAACCCUUCUCAUCGCCGAGCCGUUCUUGAAGGUCAUGUCAGAUGGAUGCCGUGGCAUACGCGUGGACAAUCCGUCUGAAAUCCAAGUCUUUCCUCCUGGCCACAAACCGCAGCGAGGAGAAGCGGAAAUCACUGCGGGGCAAUUCGGCAAAAGGCCAGAAGCCAAAGAGCGAGCAGAACGCCAGCCCGCCGUCAACCUUUCAGAACUUUUGGAAGGCAGCUUGGAUCCGGGAACAAGAGUGAGAUUGAAAGGCCUGACGUCCAAGAAAGGCUUGGCCAUGAACGGCAAGUGUGGGCGAGUGGCACAGCAAGAUGCCCAAGACCUGGAAAGAAUCACAGUUGAGGUCGAGAGCGCUACCGGCACGGCCGAGGUGAUCAAAGUGCGGCCAAACAAUGUGGAAGUUGCUGCUUGCGAGAUGUUGCCGGACAUACUGCAGGUCAAAGACACGGCAAACCAAUCUUUUUCUCAAGGGAACUUGCAGGCCGCUAUCGACGGCUACAGUGAGGUGCUUGGCAAGCUUUCUUGCUUGCAGUCAGAUGAAGCUACUGCAGAGAUGGCCAAAUGUUUUUGCAACAGGGCUCUUUGUUUUCAAAAGCAGGGCAAAUGGGACACAGCAGCUGCAGAUGCGCAGUUGGCUAUAGACAAAGCUCCAACUUACGUAAAAGGACAUGCUCGCCUAGCAGCGACGCUUCUUCAUAAUUCUGAUGACUUGAGCCAAGACGACGUCCGCCGCGCAUGCUUGCAUAUCUGCAUUGCUAUCGCACUGGCCGGCAGAUCUGCAGGGGAGGACCUUCUAACGCAGCUGCGGAGCAUUGCAACAGCUUCUGAAGAUCCUGUUCCCAACGCGCAAGAGCUGGUCAGCGUGCGAUGCUAUUCAGAGCUAGCAGCAGCGCUUGCCUCAAGUUCGAUCAAGUUCGUGGUUCUCCGCCCAGGGGAAUACCAUUGGCCUUCAGAAUUUGGCCAGGCCAACGUGCUUCACGACGUGACAAUGGUAGGAUUGGCAGCAACUACACUGAUCAAGGGCAACUCACACCUGGUUCGUAUUUGCGCUGGCCGCAUGUGCGUACGCAAUGUCUGCAUCAAAGACUCCAAAGCAGCGUCUUUUGAGGGAGGAGCUUCCUUCUGUGUUGACGGGCCGAGAUCUCGGCUGACUUUGUCCGGAUGCAAGAUAGAGGACAGCUCUGAGGUGGGCAUUUUGGUCGCUGAGGGUGGCCGUGCCAUUGUCAAGGAUUGCCACUUUAGCAACAUCUUGCGUCAAGCCAUCGAGGUAAGGGCCGCUGGCGAGCUGGAAGUUCAAGAUUCAACAUUUCGACGAGUGCGUCAAGGCGUUUCGGCGUAUGGCGGCGCACGAAGUGUGGUGCUACGCGAUGUGAUUGUAGACAUGUCAUUUGACGAGGGGGUCUUGGCUUGUGGGGAUCAGCAAAAUGCAGAAACCCGACAACAGGCAAGAUACUGCGCAGAGGACCCACGAGCGAGGGGCACUGGAGAGCGGAAAGAGGCUAUUCGCCGUGGCCGCAAAAUCUCUGAACAAGCGCGCGCAGUUGCAGAGGAGCUGGAUUGGAAUGGCCGACUGACGCUGACCAUGUCGGACUGUACUGUCCGUCAAGGGCAAGGCUUGGGCUGUAGCAUUGACGAAGGCUGCGCGGCAUUUCUCCACCGGUGCACUUUUGAACAUAUGAGACCCAACAUGACGACGAACUUUCCUGGGAUCGGCGUAUUGAUAAAGGGCGAGUCCGAUUGCAGAGUAAGCUGUUGCCGCUUCCUCAACAACAUGGCGGGGGUGUCGGUUGGCUUCAACUAUGCUGGUAGCGUUCUUGUCGAGAGCUCCGUGUUUGCAGGGAACCAGCUGAAGGAUGUACAAGAGGAUGCGAACGCUGCCGAUUCACUUCUACUGAAGCUUCCACCGAAACUGGCAAACCAUCCAGCCUUCAAGGAGCUGAACUCACAGAGGAAGCAGCUGGAGGAGGUUGGCGCUUGGAGCGCCCCAGUCAAGCAGAUAGGCAACAAGUUCUUCUCGCGGAAGGAAAAAGUGCCAGAAGUCGCAGAACUGACUGCGGCGGCCGGAGAAGGCCCUCUGCCCCAGAAACUCGCCUGGGAAGCUGCCAGUCAGCAGAGGCACUCUCUGUCAAAUCCCUGCGGCUGUGGAUUUGCCUGCACAGAGCUGGCGAAUAGCCAGGACUGUUCUCAGCCCGCGUUGCGCAACCAUGUGGACUUCCCGCCCUUUCCAUGCCUGCCGGCGAGCGAGCACUUGGCGAAGAAGCAGGACGAUGCUAACAAGCAGUUCUACUUCCGGCAGGGACGCCCGUUCCGGCACUGGUCUUUGUUGGGCGAGGUGUUGUCCGUGGGCACGGCGCAGGGUGCAGAUGCAGCAUCCUUCAUGGUACGUGCUGCCGACGCUGCAAAGCUUGUCAAGAUGCGAAGCAAAUUUGCUGCCCAGCCGAUGGAAGCAGACGUGGAGGUCCUGCUGAUGCUGGAGGAGGCCUUGGCAAACGGUAGCGCCCGAGUGGCCGCAGGCAGCACGGUGGCGAUACUUUAUGCUGAAAUGCAAGACAUCGAUAUCACCAGCGGCAGAGGGUCGGUGCAAGUGCAGGACUGCAGCCGGGUUUUUGCGUUUGCCGGCUCGCUUCAAGAUGUUUUGGAGCACGCAGAAGCGUGCAGUCAAUCCCCCGAUGAUAUCCAGUGUUGUGCAGUUUGCAGAAAGGAAGGAAUUGCUAUCCGACGUUGUGAACUUUGCAAUGCGAUUUCCUACUGUAGUGAAUGUCGUGGCCAGCACACAGCUCAUGCGCCACUUUGCUCGCAGAUGGAGAUGCUGCGACUCCUUUCGGGCGCGAACUUCCGCAGCUUCUCCGAGCCAUUCAGCUUUGUGGAGUGGGCAGAGCAAGCUGCAGAGCAGAGCCGCGCGAGACGAAGCGAGUUUGAAAGCAGGGAGAAGCCCGCGGAGCCAACUGAGCAAGCUGCAACUGUAGCAAAGACGGCAGAUGAAAUUUGCAAAUUGCUUGAUGGAAGCACGGCCACAGAGCUGCAAGCUGCUAUCGCCGCGGCCGAAGAGGCGCUGCGGGAGAAGUUGCCCGAUGGCUCCUUCAGGAUCAGCAAGAACCAAGGACGUGCCAGGCUGCAAAAUCGGCUGAAAAGGGCCAAGGCGAAGCUUAGUGAGGAGCCGGUGGCAAAGCUAGAUGCUCAAUCUGCUCAACCAGAGGUUCAGUACGAGCCCGAGACUUCCCCAGCUGGGCCAGCUGGGUGUGGGCCACUGGACACCGACGGUUAUCAUGGCGUUUGGGAACUGCCUCGCUGGGAAUGCCCCAGAAAGUGCUGCAAAGACGCACACAUCUUUGUGUCAUAUCCUCGAGGACGCGCCCCCAACAAGGAGUGGUGCAUCCAAGUGCGCCCGCAGAAAUACUGCACGGACUUCAAGAUCAUCCACCAGCUCCCUGAGCACUCGAUCUCUUUUCUCAGCUGCUGGGGUCAUGCCUCCAACCGGCCGGGUUGGAGGCUGCCUGAUUCCGGCAGGAGGUGCAGGUUGUGGAGGAUCCGGCCCAGUGACGUGACCUUCAGCCAGGAUUCGAUCUCAAAGAGCUUCACGGAUGGUAAGACUCUCGACGGAACUCUUGAAAGUCUCAGAUCUGGAAAAUGCAAGUUGGAAGACAUCGAGCAGAUCAAAAUAACGUGGCACAGUCAUUGGAGGGUGUCGGCAAAGCCACGUUGGUGGACCUACACCGGCAACCGGCGCCUGUCCUUGUACCAGCAACUGGAGAAGGAAGGCUUCCUUGAGUAUAUUGUCGCUGAGUGGGUCAAUUUACCCGUCCCUGAGUGGCGCGUCACUACUGAGGCUGCUGGCCAGAUCCCUCGCCGAAGGAAGUGAAGUUAUUGCAGCUCCCGCAGUGUUCCUAUCAAUCUGAGCUCGGUUAUCCAUUGGUAGUGCGAGUAACUUGUUCCUUUCAGCAAAAAUCCAUAGACUCACAUGGGGCCGCUUUCCUCUUCCAUUGCUUCGCUAGUGGAAAAAGGACUCUGGCACCGAUUCGUUCAGGCAGUGCUCCUGCUGUGCCCUUGCCAAGCGGCUUGCUCGUCGGGGGCUUCGACUCGAAGAGUCGCAAAGUCUUUGAGUAGUUUUGACAUUAUGGCAGGCUG